AUGGGCAAUUUCCGGUUUCCGGUCAAGACUAAGCUGCCUCCCGGGUUCCUGAACGCUAGGGUUAUCAGAGACAAUUUCAAAAGACAGCAAUUUGCAGAGAAUGAGGUUACAACGAAGGCACUGAAGUUCAUCGCGCGGAACACCACUUUGCCGGCUAGGGCAAGGCUGGAAGCUCAAUUGAAGCUCACUACGAUGCCCAAUUACACCAGACUGACGCAGAUCCGCAACAGAUGCGUGGAAACGGGGCAUGCCAGGUUUGUGCUGAGCGAUUUCAGACUCUGUAGGACGCAAUUCAGAGAGAAGGCCAGGAAAGGUGAGCUGCCUGGGGUGAAGAAGGGUGUCUGGUGA